AUGAAAUUUAGGGCUGUACAUGGAGUCCCCAUAUUCUCUCCCUCCACGCACCUCAAUCACCUCCAUAACCAGCGUCGCUGCUUCACUUCGCUUCUCAAGAAACUCCAAAAGACCACUCAGGUUCGCGCUUCCCUCAACAGCGCAAGUGGCAGUUCCAAAGGAAAUGGUGAUUGGUUUCUGUUGCCGGGCGCAACGGUGGCUACAUUACUGAUGCUGGGUGUUCUACACGGCCGGCGGAUGUAUGAGGACAUGAAGGUCGGGGAGGCGCAUGAGAAGGGAAUUGAAUUUGAGUUCCAGCCUGAUGCAAAAUCUGCAUUCUUAAGGUUACUGCCUCUGCGCUCCAUUUCAAGAUGUUGGGGGGUGUUGACAAGUGUGGAAAUUCCAGUCUCACUGCGUUCACGUGUUUAUGGAGCCUGGGCUCGGGCAUUCCAUUCAAACUUAGAAGAAGCAGCUCUGCCUCUGGAAGAAUAUGCAACAUUACAAGAUUUCUUUGUACGCACCUUGAAAGAAGGUUCCAGGCCUAUUGACCCUGAUCCCCAAUGUCUGGUUAGUCCUGUUGAUGGUACUGUACUAAGAUUUGGGGAGAUUAAAGGAGCAGGUGCCAUGAUUGAGCAAGUCAAAGGGUUCUCUUAUUCAGUCUUUUCUCUUCUUGGUGCAACCUCGUUUCUUCCUACGAUAGCUAAAGGAGACAUGCAAGAUGAGAGUAGUGAACCAGAAAAUGUUUCUGGGGAGAAGAGUAGGAAAUCAUGGUGGAGCAUAUCAUUUGCAUCUCCGAAAGUUUGGAACCCUUACUCAUCACGUCCCAUGAAAGGCCUUUUUUACUGUGUAAUUUACUUGAAGCCCGGAGACUAUCAUCGUGUACAUGCACCUGCUGAUUGGAAUAUUCUUGCCCGCCGGCAUUUUUCUGGUCGUCUAUAUCCUGUAAAUGAACGUGCAACCAGAACAAUCAGGAAUCUUUACGUUGAGAAUGAACGGGUUGUUCUGGAAGGUCUAUGGCAAGAAGGAUUUAUGGCACUUGCUGCUGUUGGUGCAACAAAUAUUGGAUCAAUUGAGCUUUCAAUUGAACCUGAACUUCGGACAAACCAGGCAAAAAAGAAGUUCCUGCACUCCGAGCGUCCAGAAGAACGGUUGUAUGAACCUGAUGGUGUUGGUAGGACGCUCAAGAAAGGCGAUGAGGUAGCUGCAUUCAACAUGGGGUCAACGGUUGUGCUUGUUUUCCAGGCACCCUUAUCACGUUCACCAGAAAAUGGGGAGUCCUCAUCAGAUUUCAAGUUUUUGGUCCAACGUGGGGAUAGAGUCCGUGCAGGAGAAGCCCUAGGGAGGUGCCAAGAUGAGUAAGGCACUAGUGGUCUUAUCAUACGAUGUGUUCAUUAUUCAAUCUCUUGGCCACCAUGAUGCUUUUGCAGAUUUUACUUUUUCAAACGCCAUUUAAAUAGCUGCAUUCAUGUAAAUGUAUAUUGUAUGAGAAAUUCAGAGUACAUAUUAGCGUAACUCUUCCCUUUGCAGGUUUAUGUU